AUUAGUCUUUUUUAACGCAAUGAGUUUUUUUUAAGCGCGUUUUUCUGCUGUGUUUGUUGCUAAAUUGAAUUUUCAUUGAUUCAUAAUAACUACGUUUAUUAAAUAGCCAGUUUUGCAGUUGGCAAUUGUGUCAAAAUGUCGCAUCAUUAUGUAGUGACUGCGCAAAAGCCUACAGCGGUUGUUGCCUGUGUGACCGGCAACUUUACAUCGCCUACGGAUUUAAAUCUAAUUAUUGCCCGAAAUAAUCAAGUUGAAAUCGAUUUGGUGACGCCUGAGGGGCUGCGUCCACUGAAGGAAAUCAACAUCAAUGGCAAAAUAAUGGUUAUGCGGCACUUUCGGCCACCGGAUAGCAACAAGGAUCUGUUGUUCAUAUUGACGCGUCGGUUCAAUGUGAUGAUACUCGAAGGGCGCAUGGUGGGAGAUACUAUAACAGUUGUAACAAGAGCUAAUGGAAAUGUGUCUGACUCGGUGGGUAUAUUAUCCGAAAGCGGAUUCAUAGCCGCCAUUGAUCCCAAAGCCCGAGUCAUCGGCAUGUGCCUGUAUCAAGGACUAUUUACAAUUAUACCCUUGGAUAAGGAUGCGACUGAGUUGAAAGCAACAAAUUUGCGCAUGGAUGAGUUGGUGGUCUAUGAUGUGGAGUUCUUGCAUGGGUGCCUUAAUCCCACUGUUAUUGUCAUACAUAAGGACAACGAUGGACGUCAUGUCAAGUCUCAUGAGAUUAACUUGCGGGAUAAGGAAUUUAUGAAGAUAGCUUGGAAGCAGGAUAAUGUGGAAACAGAGGCCACCAUGUUAAUACCAGUGCCCUCGCCCAUUGGCGGUGUCAUUGUAAUUGGACGCGAAUCCAUUGUUUAUCACGACGGCAGCAAUUAUUAUGCAGUAGCGCCCCUCACCUUUCGCCAGAGCACUAUUAAUUGCUAUGCACGUGUGGAUAGCAAAGGUUUGCGCUACUUGCUGGGAAACAUGGAUGGGCAGCUCUACAUGUUAUUCCUCGGCACCAACGAAACCAGCAAAGGCAUCACUGUCAAGGACAUUAAAGUGGAGCAACUGGGCGAGAUUUCCAUACCCGAAUGCAUAACAUAUUUGGAUAAUGGUUUUCUGUACAUUGGAAGUCGUCAUGGCGACUCGCAAUUGGUCCGACUUAGCUCCGAAGCUAUAGAUGGCUCAUAUGUUAUACCAGUUGAAAAUUUCACCAAUCUAGCGCCAAUUUUGGAUAUAGCCGUUGUAGAUUUGGAUCGACAGGGCCAGGGUCAGAUAAUAACCUGCUCUGGAAGCUUUAAGGAUGGCUCAUUACGCAUAAUACGCAUCGGUAUUGGCAUACAGGAGCAUGCCUGCAUCGAUUUGCCUGGCAUCAAAGGUAUGUGGUCGCUAAAAGUGGGAAUUGAUGAUACUCCUUAUGAGAAUACACUGGUGUUGGCCUUUGUGGGCCAUACACGCAUCUUAACGUUAUCCGGCGAGGAGGUGGAGGAAACUGACAUACCCGGCUUUGCCAGCGAUUCGCAGACUUUCCUUUGUGCAAAUGUGGAACAUGAUCAGCUCAUACAAGUUACGGCGAAAAGUGUACGUUUGAUCAAGAGCGCUACUAAAGCUUUGGUGUGCGAAUGGAAACCAGAGGAAGAUCGCUCCAUAGGUGUGGUCUCUUGUAAUAGCACCCAGAUUGUAGCCGCUGCUGCGCGUGAUAUAUUCUAUAUAUGUAUUGAGGAUGGUAAGUUGGUGGAGAAGUGCCGCAAGACCUUGCCCUAUGAGGUGGCUUGUCUGGAUGUAACGCCACUCGAUGAGAGCCAAAAUAAGUCCGAACUCGUUGUUGUGGGCUUAUGGACUGAUAUAUCUGCAGUUAUACUAUCGCUGCCUGAUCUAGAGACUAUCUAUACAGAAAAACUAAGCGGUGAGAUCAUACCCCGGUCCAUUCUGAUGACCACAUUUGAGGACAUACAUUAUCUGCUUUGUGCACUGGGCGAUGGCUCCAUGUACUAUUUUAUACUGGACAAAGUCACUGGACAAUUGAGCGAAAAGAAAAAGGUCACAUUGGGCACACAGCCCACAACGUUGCGAACCUUCCGUUCAUUUGCCACAACAAAUGUUUUCGCUUGCUCCGAUCGUCCGACAGUUAUAUAUUCGUCCAAUCAUAAGCUUGUAUUCUCGAAUGUUAAUCUCAAAGAGGUUGAUCACAUGUGCUCCUUGAACGCACAAGCGUAUCCGGACAGUCUUGCGUUGGCCACAAAGAACUCUGUUAUAUUGGGAAACAUUGGUGAGAUUCGAAAGCUGCAGCAUACACGGAAAGGUGCCGUUGGGCGAGGGAACCGAGACGUAAUUUCCCAUCAGGAGGCCUCACCGGACGUUUGCUGGUUGCAACUCGUGCGCAUCGAUAUGCAAGGACAUGAUGGUGCAAAACAUUUGCGUGAUAGUGCCUCCACUCAGGCUCAGAAUAUUACAUGCAGCACAAAUAUAUUGCCCAAGCCGGGUGGCGGCAACUCCACAACUACGAAUGCUGAGGUUGGCCAGGAGAUUGAUGUGCAUAACUUUGCUUGGUUAUUGAACAGAGCACAUUUGAAAGUCUUACACGCACAUCAGUUUGUGCCGCCCGAGACAAUCUCAGCGCUAAUGUCAGCCAAGCUGGGCGAUGAUGGCAAUACAUAUUAUGUGGUAGCCACUUCGCUGGUCUUCCCCGACGAGCCAGAGCCGAAAGUGGGACGCAUUAUUAUUUUCCACUAUAACGAUAAUAAGCUUGUGCAAGUAGCCGAGACCAAAGUCGAUGGCACCUGCUAUGCUCUAGUAGAGUUCAAUGGCAAAGUCUUGGCCGGCAUUGGCAGCUUUGUGCGUCUCUAUGAAUGGACCAACGAGAAGGAGCUGCGCAUGGAGUGUAAUAUUCAAAACAUGAUUGCUGCCUUGUUUUUAAAAGCCAAGGGGGACUUCAUUCUUGUUGGUGAUUUGAUGCGUUCUAUUACAUUGCUGCAGCAUAAACAGAUGGAGGGCAUCUUUGUAGAAAUUGCACGUGAUUGCGAGCCAAAGUGGAUGCGCGCCGUUGAGAUACUUGACGACGAUACUUUCCUGGGGUGUGAGACACAUGACAAUUUGUUUGUCUGCCAGAAGGAUAGUGCCGCCACCACAGAUGAGGAACGUCAAUUGUUGCCCGAGCUGGCGCGUUUUCAUUUGGGCGAUACGAUUAAUGUGUUUCGCCAUGGCUCCUUGGUUAUGCAGAAUGUGGGCGAGCGUACCACGCCAAUCAAUGGAUGCGUGCUCUAUGGCACCUGCAAUGGUGCCAUUGGCAUUGUCACUCAAAUACCGCAAGACUUUUAUGACUUUUUGCAUGGUCUGGAGGAGCGUCUCAAAAAGAUCAUCAAAUCAGUGGGCAAAAUUGAUCAUACUUAUUAUCGUAAUUAUCAAAUUAAUACCAAGGUGGAACCCAGCGAGGGAUUUAUUGAUGGCGAUCUAAUUGAAAGUUUCUUGGAUUUGAGUCGAGAUAAAAUGCGUGAAGCUGUUACUGGAACUGGAGGUUUGGCUAUGAAUGGCGAGCGCAAAGGCGCAGAUGUGGAGGAUGUCAUUAAGAUUGUCGAGGAUUUGACUCGAAUGCAUUGAAACUUUCAUAUAACUGUAUAUAAUUCAUAUAUGUAUGUAUUUAGAAAUUUACAGUUUGUUUUGCACUUGUAAGCCUUGAUACAAUGUAUCCUAAUCCAAUGCAAACCAUAAUUGGUAUUCGUAUACUUAAACAAUCUCUGCUAAAGUUUUAUAUUGACUUGUAUAAUGUUGCAGUAACAUAUUUAAUGCGAUUUGCAUUAUUUGAAUAAACGUUAUAA